AUCCAUCCAUCCAUCCAUCCAUCUUAAUUUAUUAGUAUCUAUAUAACUUAUUCAAUGAAUCAUAUUUAAAUGAUAAUUAUUCAACAUGUUACUUUUUUGGAUUUAUAUUUGUAUAUAAAUAAUAAAGAAAAAGAAAAAAAAACAAAAGAGGGGGGGAUCAUUUUAUAUUUUUUGUUCACCAUAUGGAUAUUGAUUAUAUAUGUAAUUGGAUCCAUUUGAAUGUUGUCAAUUUGUUGUCAAAGUAUACAAGAUUACAUCAUAGUAAUGUUCAAGAUAUAAUAUAAAUUUUUUUAAAAAAAAUUAAAAAAAAAACACAUUUUAGAGAAAAGGAAAGUUGAACAUCUUUUUGUUUUUCUUCUUCUUCUUCUUCUUCUUCUUCGACUUCGUCACCGUCUUCUUCUUCCUCUUCGUCUUCUUUUUUAUAUUCAACUGAAUACUUCUGAUAGUUUGACGUAUAUUCUUAAUUGAAUUCAAUUUGGUUUAAAUGAUCCAUAACGUAAAAAUCAAUUAAAUGGAUGAUAUUCAACAUUUGUAAUCUUGUAUGUAAACUUUAUUAUCUAUACAACUAUUCAUCAGACUAUUCAAGUGAAGAGGACUUUUCUUCAAAUGGAAAGAAUACCAUGGAAGUUAAAUUUUGGAAUUAUUACCAUAAUGAUGAUGAUGGUGAUUGUGAUUAUGUAUAAUAAAAUAAGGAUUACUUUAUAAUUUAAAUUUAUUCUAUUAAUCAAAAUCAAUAAUGAGUGGAUCUAGACGAGGUCUUGUAGCACCACAGAAUACAUUUUUGGAUAAAAUUAUAAGACGAUGUAAUGGUCAAUUUUACAGUUUUGUAUUAGCAAAUGCACGUAUUGUUGAUUAUCCAAUUGUUUAUUGUAAUGAAGGUUUCUCACGUUUAACUGGUUAUAGUCGUGUUGAAAUUAUGCAAAAAAGUGGUAGUUGUGCAUUUUUCUAUGGUGAACAAACAACAAAGGAAAUGCGUGAACGUUUAUUAAAAGCAUUAGAUAGUCAAACACCAGAUCAAAUUGAAAUGUUAUUUUAUAAAAAAAAUCGUUUACCAUUUUGGUUACUUGUAUGUGUUGCACCAGUUCGUAAUGAAUGUGAAGAAGUAGUAUUAUUUCUAUUGGCUUUCAGAGAUAUUACAGCAUUGAAAACACCAUUUGAUGAUGAAGAAACUGUUAAAGGUUUAAGUAAAUUUGCUCGAUUAGCCCGUUCAGUUACACGUAAUCGUUCAGUUCUACAACAAUUAUCUGCAUCACAAACAUCAACACAAAAUUCUGCAUUAACUGUAUAUCGUAGUAAUCGAUUAAUAGGAUGCGGUGGUGGUGGUGGCAGUGGUACUGGUGGUACUGAUAAUACUAGUGGUGUAAUGAAUGAUGAUACAGAAGUAUCAAAUCAAAUGGAACAAUAUAAUUCACCAAGUUUAUCAAAUUUUCAAAAUUUAAAUACUAGUUCAACUUCACGAUUUCAUGAUUCAUCAAAAUCAGAUCCAGAAAAAGCGGUAAUGUCUACAUCAUCAUGGCUUGAUUUAAUCCCCCAAUAUAAACAAGAAGCACCUAAAACACCCCCUCAUAUUAUAUUACAUUAUGUUGCAUUUAAAACAACAUGGGAUUGGUUAAUUCUAUUUUUAACUGGUUAUACAGCUGUAAUGGUACCAUUUAAUGCAGCAUUUAAAAGUAAAACAAUGGAUGAUGUUAGUUUCUUAGUAGUUGACAGUAUUGUUGAUGUUAUAUUCUUUAUAGAUAUUGUAUUAAAUUUUCAUACUACUUUUGUUGGUCCUAAUGGUGAAGUCAUUUCAGAUGCUACAAUUAUACGAAUUAAUUAUUUAAAAGGAUGGUUUAUAGUGGAUGUAUUAUCAUGUUUACCAUAUGAUGUAUUUAAUGCAUUUCAACCGGAAGCAACACAAAGUACAAUUAGUUCAUUAUUUGGUGCAUUAAAAGUUGUACGUUUAUUACGUAUUGGACGUGUUACACGUAAAUUAGAUCAAUAUUUAGAAUAUAUGGCAGCUAGUUUAUUAUUAAUGAUAUCUGGUUUUGUAUUAUUAGCACAUUGGUUAGCAUGUAUAUGGUAUAGUGUUGGACAAACUGAUUUAAAAAAUGGUAUUUAUUAUGGUUGGAUACCAAGAUUAUUAAAUGAUAUUGAUCAAGGUAAAACUACUUCAACUAAUUGGACUAGUGGGAAUCCACCACUUCCACGUACAAUGACUUAUGUAACAUCAUUAUAUUUCACAUUAUCAUUAAUUACAAGUAUUGGAUUUGGUAAUGUAUCAGCGACAACAUUUGGUGAAAAAUUAGUUGCAGCCGUCUUUAUGCUUAUUGGAGCAUUCGGCUAUGCUACUAUAUUUGGUAAUGUCACAACAAUAUUUCAAGGAAUGUAUGCAACACGUUCAAGAUAUCAUGAUAUGAUGGCAUCUGUUAAAGAUUUUAUUAAAACCCAUAGUGUACCAAAAGAUUUAGCUGAACGUGUUAUUGAUUAUGUUACAUCAACAUGGGCUAUUACUAAAGGAAUUGAUACAGCUAAGGUAUUAAAUUAUUGUCCAAAAGAUAUGAAAGCUGAUUUAUGUAUACAUUUAAAUCGUAUGGUAUUUAAUGAACAUCCAGCAUUUCGUUUAGCUAGUGAUGGUUGUUUAAGAGCAUUAGCUGUUAAUUUUAAUACAAUUCAUACAGCACCAGGUGAUUUAAUAUUUCAUCAAGGUGAAAGUAUUGAUCAAUUAUGUUUUGUUGUAUCAGGUUCAUUAGAAGUCAUACAAGAUGAUGAAAUAGUUGCUUUCUUAGGUCGUGGUGAUGUAUUCGGUGAACCAUUUUGGAAAGAUCCAAAUAGUAUGAAUCAUUCAGCGGCUACAGUUCGUGCACUGACAUAUUGUGAUUUACAUUGUAUUAAAAAAGAUUGUCUAUUACAAGUAUUAAAAUUUUAUUCAGCAUUUGCAAAUAGUUUUGCUAGAAAUUUAAUAUUAACAUACGAUUUAAAAACUCGUCUUAUCUUUCGUAAACUAGCUGAUGUACGUCGUGAAUAUGAAUUAGCUGAAAAUCGUAAAACUGAUAAUGCAUUAUCUAGUUUACGUGCUGAUCAUCCAGUUCGUCGAAUGAUUCAUAAAUUUCGUCGUAUUGGUACACAUAAUCAAUCAACAAAUGAUUCACCAAUUGGUAGUAAUAGUAAUAAUGGUCCAGGUUUACAAGAUAAUAAUGAUAUAAUACAUAUAUCACGUAAAUCUAUCACAUUUGGUGAUUAUGAUGAUUAUAGUAAAGAUUUUGAAUUGAAUGAAAAUCAUGAAGAUCAAUAUAGAAAUGAAAAUAAAUUUGAAAGUUUAAAUACAUCUACUACUACUAACACUACUACUAAUACUACUAAUAAUAAUAAUAAUAAUCCUGUUAGUGCAUUAGAUGAAAUCGCAUCUCGAUGGGGUAAACGUAUAGAAUUAAAAAAUAACAAGAUAAUUACUUCUGAAUCAAUUCAACAGACAGCUCCUUCUAAUAAACAAUCUACAAGUAAUAUAACUACUACUACUACUACUAUUACUACUACUACCACCAUUACUACUACGACUACUACUAAUAAUAAUAAUAAUAGUAGUAUUAUCAAUGAUCAUCAAAAUUCACGAUCAUUUUUACAAUCUAAAUUAGAUAAUUUAUUAAAAAAAUCAAUCAAUAUACCUGAAAAACAAUCAAAUUCAUAUAAAAUCAAUCAUGAAAAUAUUGAUUUAUUGAUUAAUAAUCAAUCUAAAUUAAUCAAUCAUAAUUUUAAUCAAUUAAAAUUAUCGAAUCAAUCAAUUUUAGAAUAUUUAAUCAAUAUACAAAAUGAAUUUAAAUUAGAAAUGAAUCAUUUAAUAAAUCGUAUUAAUCAUAUUGAUCAUAGAAUUGAUCAAUUAAUUACUAAUAUAGAUUAUAAUAAACAAGAACCAUUUCAUGAAGGUCACGAUCAUCUUCAUCAAGGUCAUCAAGAUCAUCAUCGCCAAGGCCAUGAAGAUCAUCAUCAAAGUCACGAAGAUCAUCAUCAAGGUCAUCAAGAUCAACAUCAUCGACAACCACCACCACCACCACUCACACAACAAUAUCAAAAACAUGAUGGUAGUAGUAAUAAUGAUUUAAGUAAAUUUAUGAAAACAGUAUUUCCAUUAUCAUCAUCAUCUACAUUAUCACCAUCACCAUCAUCGUCAUCAUCAUCAUUGAAAUCAUCUCCAUUAAGAUCAACUGAAUUAUCUACCUCAUUAAAAUCUCGUCGUACUUCCAAUUUAACUAUAUCAUCAAAUAAAAUACAUCCAUUAACUAAUUCUAUUAAUAGAUCAAAUAUUCCAUCAAUCAAUCAACAUAGAAAUAAACAAAAUAAAAUGAAUUUUAUUAAUUUAUUACCAUUAUAUAAUAAUCCAACAAGACAAUGUAUAUCACAAUAUUAUAAACAAUAUUCUAUAGAAACAGAUAGUCAAUUAGAAAAAUUAUCAACAGAAAGUGAUAUAUCAAUACAAUUGAAUGAACAAAUUAAUUUAAAACAAACCUCAUCAAGAUCAGGAUCACCAUCAGGAUCAGGAUCAGGAUCAACAGGAUCAUCGAAAAUUAUUUUAAGUAAACCAAUACAAACUACUUAUUUUUCUACUAAUUUAAUUAAUACUAUUACUACAAAUCAAUCAAUAAACAAUUAUCAUUCUUCUAUACCAUUAAUAUAUAAUAAUAAUAAUAAUAAUAAUGAUAGAAAUGAUUUAUUCACUCAAUCAAUCUCAUCUAAUUUAGAUUAUAUGAAUAAAAUACAAUUGAAUCAUCGUAAUCCAUUUUAUUCUCAAUCUAUUCAUGGAUCAGAUAAUUUAAUGAAUCAAUCAUUUAGUAAUUUAUUCAUGACUACUACUACUACUACUACUACUGAUACUACUGAUAAUACUACUUAUACUACUACUACUACUACUACUCAUACAACUCAUACUACUGAACGAUCAGCGAUUUUAUCUGAUACAAAUUUAUAUACAAUUCAUCAUACCUCUGUGCCUAAUUCUUCAUAUUUAAUGUCGUAUACUACUACUACUAGUAGUAGUAGUAGUAAUACAAGUAAUACAAAUAAUAAUAAUAAUAGUUGCCAACUAUCUGUUAAUAAUCGUUGGAAUCUACAAUCAGAUAUAUGGAAUACACGAUUAUUUAUUCCAGAACCAUUAUCUGUAAUGACUACUCCUAUAACACCACCAUUAAUACCACCCCCAACAACAACAACAACAACAACCACAUCAAUAUCUUAUCCAUUUCCAACUACUUCACAAUAUAUUCAUUCUUCUUCUUCUUCAUUUACUCAAAGAUCUCAUGUGAUGAAUACUAAUAAAUUGAAUAAAUCUAGGGAUUUCACUUUGACUAAACAUUAGAAAUCAAGAUUACUUACUUGCUUACUUUACUUACUUAAGCCUGUUACUC